UGGUUGCAAAUAAUUUGUCUCUUGGAAGUACGCGGCAUUUGUUCCAAAAAUUUUACGUGAAUGCUCGUACUGGUACAAUAAUGAUACCAAAUAAUCUAUCUAUGUGAAAAAGUUUAUUCUUACAAUGUGUGAGAAUGUGAAAUGUGGAGGUUAAGUAAGGUUUGUGAAAUUUCAUGCAAUUACUGAAUAGGUGACCCUUGUUGCUGAUUACUGUACCAUGUUUCGUUCUCAUUAGACUGAGCUGAUAUCUCUUUGGGGGAAUGUUCAGAUUCCAUACCACUUUACAGUCUGUUUUUGACAUAUUAUGUUCUACAAAGAAAAUAAUUUAUGAUAUUUCAGAAUUCCUUCCUUGUAACGUGAGAAAUGCAGCUCAUUUGUCCAGCUCAUUAAUCAAGUCGCAUCUUCCGAACCCUUCAUCUGAUACAUUACAAAAUGAAAAUGUGAUAAUGCCAAAAACAAAGAGAAGAAAGGUGAAUUGGAACAAAUUAUUUAAGAAGAUUAAUUCUGAAAGAAAGAAGCAAAGAACCGAGAACAGUCCAGAUUGCCUUAAACCUGAAGCAUCGUGCUCUGUACCAGAGUCUGCAGGAAGCAAGGACUCAGGCAUAGACAUUGUGUUUGACUCUAAAAUUGAAAAGAAUAAAGAGCCAGUACUGAUAACUGUUGCCAGUGAUGAGAAUAAAGACACAGUAAGCAAUAUGGCUGCCUCUAACAGUUUAGUAUGUGAUAGUGCUGUGCAGCAUAACCAAGGCAGCUGGUAUUGCAGUGUUGCCAAUUGGGCAGGUGGUAGCACUUGUUAUGCAGACAUUCAGGGUAGUUACUCUUCAAAACUAGUCUUUCAGAAUGAGCCAGACAACCUUAACAGUGUGCAGUCAGGUGAUGGACAAUUGGAAAGUGCCGCUGGUUCCUCAAGGCAAGCAGGUUUGUCAGAAAGAAAUCGAUUGAAGGAAAAGAGACAAUGGCAGUACACACAGUUUGGAUCAACUCUGCGAGCAAGUGCAGCAGAUGCCACUCCAUACCAGCUUCUCUUCACAAUCAUGUCUUACAACAUUCUCGCCCAGGAGCUUCUAGAGAGCCAUCAGUACCUGUACCAGUGGCAUGAACCAUCUGCACUGAAGUGGAGGCACCGUAAGCAGAUCUUACUUAGCGAGAUCCAGGAAGCUAAUGCUGAUAUUUUGUGCCUUCAAGAGGUACAAGCGAACCAGUUACGUACACUUUCCCAUAAGCUUACGGGUUUAGGCUAUAAAGGCAUUUAUAAACGGCGAACUGGAAACAACAUUGAUGGUGUUGCCAUUUACUAUAAAACAGAUGUGUUUCAACUGGCAGACCACACAUCUGUUGAAUACUUUCAACCUGGCAUUGAUGUUCUUGAUCGUCACAAUGUGGGUUUAAUAGCCAAGCUAGCCAUGAAAGCAAACCCUAGGAAACACUUGGUCGUAGCGACAACUCAUUUGCUGUUCAAUAGAAAUCGUCAUGACGUCAAGCUGGCACAGACCAUGAUGCUGCUUGCAGAAGUGGAGAGGUUUGCAUUUGAAAGCUUCAGGUCUGGAAUUCCCACAUACUGGCCUGUGAUAAUCACUGGUGAUAUGAACUUUCAGCCCUAUACAGGCGUAUAUCGACUGUUGACAGAGGGGAUGUUCCGGUAUGAAGGACUUUCCAAUAGAACCCUCACCUAUGACUUUCGUGGAUGGACCCUGAAUAAAAUAAUUCUUCCCAGGAGUCUGAAUAUAUUGGACACUUGUCAGCACUGGGGGAUUCUCACUAAGCGUCAAGUAGAGCAACUGAGUCACAAGGCUGAACUGAAGUUCUUGAAGAUUUAUAAUACGGAUCACCAGAAGAUCAUAAAGAAGCUAAAAAAAAAACAAAUGAAAAGUGAAAAACACAAGUCCUCUGAAGGCCUCGUGCAGGAUGCUAGUAUGUCCGGACUUGGCAACAACUCUGUAACAUUUCAGCCCAACACUAUUCCUCCAUUGCCUGAAGCUGGGUAUGGAACUGGUCAGGUAACACACAAUCUGAACCUUCAGUCUGUGUAUAAGCAUGGGGAGAUGGGCAAUUAUCAUGAGUCUGAGGUCACCACAAACCAAGAAGGCUGGGUAACUGUAGACUACAUAUUUUACAGCUGCAUUAAGAACGAGACGGAUGACAAGAUGAUUGAAGGGGACCUGAAGCUCGUGUCAAGGUACAGGCUGCUUACUGCAUCUGAGGCUGCUUCAUUUGGUCCCAUCCCAAACAGUGCCUCAGCAUCAGAUCACUAUCCCCUGCUUGCAACGUUCUUCCACACGUUUUGAGUAUCAAUACCUUGACAGAGAAUAGUGGCAAGGAAUGUUUUAUGAUUCACCUGCAGAGUUUUAGUGAUAAGAUAGUGUUCAGUGGGUAACGUUAUGAGUAUUAAGAUUGUUAGUUUAAUAAUUUUGGAUAUCCGAUCUGUUUGUAAAAAUAAAUUAUUAUAGUUAUUUACUUUAUCUUGAAACCAUUCUCGCAAUUUAAUAUGUUGUUAAAUAUGAGGAAGUAUGCAGCUGGAUCAUAUGAUCUCUCACCACUUAAGGAAGCUGCACCAACGGAAGGUAGAUUCAGUGAUACAGUAGGGUACCAGGUGCUCCUUGUUUUUAUGACAUGAUGAGUUGCUGGAAUUCCAUGGACUCAGUGUUAUACUAUAUUUGUCUGAAUAUAAGCAGUACAUUUUCCCCUCACAAUUGACAUUUUUAUAAUUAGGGUGCAGCUUAUAAGUGUUUCUUAAAGAAGAAACAUUACUGGAUUGUCUGCAUAUGGUGUUGGUGAAGAAGUGAAGGUGUUGAACUGUUCAGUGGUGGUAAGAUGAGUGUUCAGGUGUUGAGCUGUACAGUUGUGUUAAGACAUGUGUUCCUUGUAACUUCUUAUAAUGAGAGAAAUGAGAAAUAAUGUUGAAAAAAAAUUAUAAGUGCAUACAUUUGAUUCUUUCAGGACCAUAUAACUUUUGGGGUGUGUUGUUUUUUGAAAGUGACUUAUAUUCAGGCAAAUACCUUAUGUUUCAGUCUGUAGACUGGGAACCCUAUUGUUCACAAAUAGAAGCUAAAAAUACUGUUUUGUUUCCCAGUAUGCAAUUGAUUUGUUAUGUUUCCUUAUAGCAGCCGUAUUUAACAGGUAACAGUUCCACACAAAAAUUAUUUAAUAUGACAUAAGCUGCACAUCCACGCUGCUAUCAGAAAUUGACUUGAGUUGGUGAAUGUUGAGUUCCUGCCUGUUCAGUCAUUUUCUUCUGUAUCAGUCAUGUUCGAGGAGGCUUCAUAAAGCAGUUCAUCAUUGCCUUAUACAAAGAUCAUAAAUUGGAGACUGCCUGUAUCCUCUUUUUCUUGAAAUGUAUUCCUCCCUUGUGGUUUUGUGUAUGUCAGUAAGUGAGAAAAUUGUACUCCUGGAUAGUAAGCAGGAGCAAGCAAAUACAAUUAUACAUUUAAACACUUUCAGUUAAAGAAACUCUGAUUCUGAUUACAGGGUUAACAGCUGUAAUUUGGUCAACACUAUUUCAUGUACUGACAGUUAAUUAUUGUAGGGUUCUGCUCAGUAGGUAAAGUUUGCAAACAGUACUUUCCAUGAUCAUCAUGUGUUGCAUGGUACACAGACCUAAAGAGACCACAGGAUGGUGUUGCACUUUAAUUAGUAAGGCUGGUAGACUAAAUGGGCACCACUGUGAGCACUGGUAUUUCAUGCUAAUUAAUAUGCAGUUAUCCAGAAUUUGGUUUUGUCUGUUAUCAUUUAGUUUCAGGGUGACUGUACAUAAAUUAUAGUGGAAAUUAUUUGAGGCUCAGCUCUCACAUCCAAUCAAAAUGGAAACUUGUUGACCAGAUUGCAGAACUUCUAUAGGAGAAUGCCACUAGAAUGAAGUUAUUUUUGUCAGAUAUGUAUAGAAUCACAGAGUAGGUUUAACCAGUAUCCCUCAGAUAAAACAUCUGUGAGAUCCAAGGUUCUGAUGUGGUGACUGUGAACCAUAUUGACUUCUGGCAUGUAGUGCUAAUGUAGUUUGGUAGAUAUGUACCAUAAUUUCAGAGGAACUUUUAGUCUCCAUCAUAAAGUACAGUCUGCCACAUGUUACAUGGUGUGACAUACGACAAGAUGGGAUUCUUCUAAACUAUGCAUGCCUUUAUCCACAGGUAAAAUUAUGAAGAGCCCCUCUUCUUUGGCCACAGCUACUUAAACUAUAUAUAAAUAUUUAUACAUAAUCACAUGUCAUCAACAGGCACCAGAGACAGCUUCUUAGGUACAUCGUGGAAGUUAUGACAUGAUCUAUACAAGAAAUUUAUAGACAGGGAGGAAUAAUAUUUCAUAUGGUGAGAAUAAGCAGUAACUGGUGAUGAAAAGUUUUAUGCGAGCUCCAGAAGCAUUAAUUAAAAGAUUAUAUUGUUUAAAAUGUUCAAAUUGGUUGCUAGAAGUUUCUGGACCCUCUAUUUUUGUGACAGGUUUUGUACCAUCACUAUUCUCAUGUAUUAGUUGAAUUAGCUGAUUUCAGUAGAGGCAGUCCUAGUCUUGUAUGUCCAUGAGUUAUUGAUGUUUUUUUAUUUGCUGUCAUCCCCCCCCCAUGUGUAUGUGUGUGUGUGUGUAAUGGCGAUCCUGGAAAAUAAAUUUCAGUUUAAUUUUGGAAGAAACAUUGCUAACCUCUCUUUCUGCCAUAUUAAUAAAGAAGCUGUUAUGUAUUGUA